GACUACUUCCCCCCGCUGCUGUCGGGCGGCUUCGCCGAGUCGCGCUCCGGCCGGGUGGAGUUGCGGAAAUGGAGCUCCGAGGGGGGACCCGAGCCUGACACGGUGGAAGCGGUGAUCGCCUUCAUAUACACGGGCAGCAUCCGUGUCAGCCCGGGCAAUGUGCACGAGGUGCUGGAGAUGGCCGACAGGUUUUUAUUGACUCGGUUAAAGGAAUUCUGUGGAGAAUUUUUGAAGAAAAAACUGAAUCUCUCCAACUGUGUGGCUAUUCAUAGCUUAGCUCAUAUGUAUUCCUUGAACCAGCUUGCCCUGAAAGCUGCAGACAUGAUAAGAAGGAACUUCUGCAAAGUUAUCCAAGAUGAAGAAUUCUACACAUUGCCCUUUCACCUCAUCAGAGACUGGCUUUCAGACUUGGAAAUCACAGUGGACUCUGAAGAAGUUCUUUUUGAGACCAUUUUAAAGUGGGUUCAGAGAAAUGCUGGUGAAAGAGAGAGGUAUUUUGCAGAACUCUUUAAACUGCUCAGGUUGUCUCAGAUGAAACCCACUUAUCUUACCCGGCAUGUCAAAUCUGAAAGGCUAGUAUCCAGUAACGAAGCCUGUCUUAAAUUAGUGUCUGAUGCUGUGGAAAGUCAUGCCCUGAGGGCUGAGAACUUGCAGUCUGGUAAUUUGCAACAUGCUGCUUACCCUGUAGCAUUGCUGCCUCGCUUUGGGCAAAAUAUGGAUGUCAUCAUGGUGAUUGGUGGUGUAUCAGAGGGAGGAGAUUAUUUAAGUGAGUGUGUGGGGUAUUUCAUUGAUGAAGACAGGUGGGUAAACUUACCACACAUACAUAAUUACCUUGAUGGACAUGCUGUUGCUGUUACAGAAUCAUAUGUUUAUGUGGCUGGCUCCAUGGAGCCUGGCUUUGCCAAGACUGUAGAAAGGUACAAUCCAAACAGAAAUGUGUGGGAGCAAGUCUGUAAUCUAGUAAGCAAAAAACAUUCUUUUGGCCUUACUGAAGUCAAGGGAAACUUGUACAGUAUUGGUGGACAUGGCAACUUCAGUCCUGGCUUUAAAGAUGUAGCCAUUUACAAUCCUGAGCAAGACAAAUGGCACAACCUGGAGUCAGCCCCAAAGAUCCUUCGUGAUGUCAAAGCAGUCACCGUAGAAGAUAGAUUUGUUUACAUUGCUGCUCGAACCCCAGUGGACAAUGAUAGUGAAGAUGGCUUAAAGGCAUUAAUUACCAGAUAUGACACAGAGACAAGGCACUGGCAAGACAUUGAGUCGCUGCCACUCAUUGAUAACUACUGCUCUUUUCAGAUGUCCGUUGCCAACACAAACUUUUACCAGACAGCAUCAUGCUGCCCCAAGAGUUACCCCAUAGAUAAUGAAGAGGCUAAGAGACAGAUCUCUGGCAGAAUGCCAGACGAGAUUCUGGAAAGUUUGCCUCCAGAAGUUCUUAUUAUUGAAGGGGCAGCCAUUUGCUAUUAUAAAGAUGAUGUUUUCAUCAUUGGUGGGUGGAAGAACAGUGAUGAUAUAGAUAAGCAAUACAGAAAAGAGGCCUAUCGUUACUGUGCUGAGAGAAAACGAUGGAUGCUUCUGCCUCCCAUGCCGCAACCUCGCUGUAGAGCAACAGCCUGCCAUGUGAGAAUACCAUUCAGAUGCUUACAUGGUACACAAAGAUACCCUAUGCCACCAAACUUGAUGUGGCAAAAGGAUAGAAUACGGCAGAUGCAGGAACAACAUCGACAUUCUUUAAACACGCGAGGAAUGCCCCGCUCACAGAUUGAGUGCUAAUUCAUGGAAGACCAUUCCUAUAAUUAACCUGGUUUAAGAAUACAGUGUUAUCUAUUUUGUAAGUCUUAGUACAUUGCCAUCAUGUAUUAAGAUUUGGGUGGCUGAUUUGAUGCAUAAAAGUAAUAUUGUUACUUAAAUUUUGAGGGUGGGAAAUAGUUAACAUCUAAAAUCCCUCUCGUGUAUCAUUGAGAAGAGCAUACAGUAGCCUGGGUUCCUGUGUGAUGAAAUGCCUGACACUUUAAGAAAAUAUAGUGCAGAAUCUGUUAAUUCUCUUGUCAGGCCCUUACUUUCAAGGAUUUGUAUGGAUUUUAAAAAAACAAAUCCAACUUAAUGCAUUUUAACCAUUAUAUUUAGAUAUAUUCUUAAAGCACCAAUUUUAUUUGCACUUACAUGUUGAUAUUCCUGUAGCUUCUCUUCUCCUGAGUAGCUGAAAGUUGCAUACAUUUGGAAUCUGUGCACUUGCUUCUCCAAAAUUGAAGGCACAUAAAAUAGUUAGAGGAAUACCUGUGUAUAAAAAUAAAAGCACAAUCUUUUUUCAUAAAAUUACUUCAAGAUGGUUCUGUAUGAAAUAUUUUGUUUCUGAAUAUUGUAGAAAUGCCAGCAUUUACUUAUAGCAAAUGACUGGUAAAACAUCAGAGACAUACUAAAAUGGGACUUGAGACAGCACCUGGGAGGAUUUUACUAUUUGAACAUUUCAUGUUUCUGGGGCUCUUCUUUGUCAGUUUGAUUAGAAACUUAGGCAAACAAUCAACCUCAUUCAGUGACUGAAAACAGUAAAAAUGUUAAACUAAAAAAAACCCAAACUGUCCACUUCUAAAAUAUCUGAGACAAUUAGGGAUUACUAAAAGCAAAAUUAGUUCAUAGUGUGAUAUUAAAGAUUGACUUGAAGGGUUUUUCCAAAUGACACACAUUUAAUUCCAGUGAGAGUUUGAAAAGUGAACCUGUAUCCAGCCUGACUGACAAUCAGUACUUUUUUGCCUUUAAUAUAUUUUCUCUCUAAAUUUAAAGUAACAAUGCCACACUGUUCCUUACUAGAUUAGCACUUUGUGCUUCUGACAAUGAGAAGCUUUUAGUAAUCUUAAGCCUUCACAAUCUUCGAAUGUUUGAAUUUAUUCUGUUUGCAGCAUUUAAAGCUGAUUGGAUAAAAUUAAGCAAUUUCAUUUUUUUACAUCUGAAAUUGUUUUAUAAAUAAGGCCAUGUUUGUUCUAGAUUACUUAAUACUCCAAGGGAAAUAUCCAACAUGUUGUCCCAUUGAAGUAACGUUUCCUGGAAGUAACAAUCCAACUAGCUCUCUCCUCUUCUUCUCAUUGCUAAAGAGCUCCAAAAACUUUCUCACUUAUUUCUUGUAAAUUCUGUUGUCCUUCCUACCUCCUCUUCUUCCCUAGCUUUCCCUUUAUUUAACUGUUUUGAUUAUUUCUACUGGAGCUGUAACUCAGGAUCUUAGGGAAAAGAAAGGAAUACUAAUGAGGGUAUCCUGAAUGACUAUACAGUCAAAUGGAAAAGCAGUUUACUUUCUCUUGUUCAUGUUACGGUAUUGUUAGUGUCUUAAACGGGGGCAGCUAAUUUUGGAAAGCUCUUCAAAAGUAGUUUAACUUUCUGACCUGACA